CCCCAGUUUAUGCAGAAACCAGAUGUAUACAAAUCUCUCUCCCUCUCUCUCCAUAUAUAAAUAAAACUCUAUUAUGAUUAUGACAACUGCGUUUGGAUCGGUUCAGUAACGGCUUAUGCAUUGCUGAACAUCUUGUUUUCCUUUCUCAAAUUCAAGAAUGCCAUAUUGUCCACAAACCAUGCUCGACGUUGAAUAAAAAUACCAGAAUGGGGUCCAUUCACCGCAGUGGACUUUCUAGGAAAACAAAUGAUAGUGCCAGGCUGAUAGUCACAACAAUUUUGGGAGUUGUAUUUGGAUUUUUUGUUGGCAUCUCAUUUCCGUCAGUUUCUCUUACAAAGAUUCACAUACCUUCAGGCUUUAUUUCAUCUACUGAUAUGUCCUCUACCGAUCAAAAUAUUAGAGGCAAUGCUCCUAAGAUUUAUGCUCCAAGAAAUCCUCGUGGUGCAGAGUUAUUACCUCCAGGAAUAGUUGUCUCAGAAUCCGACUUUUACUUGCGCAGAUUAUGGGGUGAACCUAGUGAGGAUCUGAAGAAGAAGCCAAAGUACUUAGUAACGUUUACGGUCGGUUAUGAUCAGAGGAAUAACAUCAAUGCAGCUAUUAAAAAGUUUUCUGAUGAUUUCACAAUUUUGCUUUUUCACUAUGAUGGUCGGGUGAGUGAAUGGGAUCAAUUUGAGUGGUCAAGAACUGCAAUCCAUGUCAGUGUAAGAAGACAAACAAAAUGGUGGUAUGCAAAGAGGUUUUUGCAUCCUGAUAUUGUUGCUGCUUAUGAAUAUAUAUUCAUAUGGGAUGAAGAUCUCGGAGUGGAGCAUUUUAAUGCAGACAAGUAUAUUGAGUUGGUUAAGAAACACGGUCUGGAGAUCUCUCAACCAGGUCUUGAACCCAAUAAUGGACUUACGUGGCAGAUGACAAAGAGAAGAGGUGACAAGGAAGUUCACAAGGAUACAGAGGAGAAACCAGGUUGGUGUAGCGACCCUCGUUUGCCUCCAUGUGCUGCCUUUGUGGAAAUCAUGGCCCCUGUGUUCUCCCGAGAGGCUUGGCGUUGCGUGUGGCAUAUGGUUCAGAAUGAUUUAGUGCAUGGAUGGGGUUUGGAUUUUGCUCUGAGAAGAUGUGUAGAGCCUGCGCAUGAAAAAAUUGGUGUGGUUGAUUCACAAUGGAUUAUUCAUCAAGUAAUUCCUUCUCUUGGGAACCAGGGGAAGUCAGAGAAGGGGAAAGCUCCAUGGGAAGGGGUCAGAGCAAGGUGUAAAAAUGAGUGGUCUAUGUUCCAGAGUCGUCUUGCCGACGCUGAUAAGGCAUACCUCUCCCAAAUUAGUUAGUAUUGAUCUCUGCAUCCUUGCCAUCCUCCUGCCUGAGCCAGCCUUUAGGGCUGUUUUAGAUUUAAAUCCUUGGUGAGAUCUUUUGCUCGUGGACACGAGUUCAUUCUGAGCGACAUCAGAGCUCUUACAGUUAAAUUGGUAGGAUAUUCUUAGUUUUGUAGGAAAAGUUUUUUUUUUUUUUUUUUUGUUUGUCAAUUCAUUUAUAAUAUCCUCUGCGUUUUUCUUUUCUUUUUUACUUUGCGGGCUUAUGAUGUAUAGGCAUAGCAAAGACCACAGUUUCCUGUUUGGCAAUAUAAUAUUAUAUGCAUAUCUAUAAUAUAUAUGUAAA